UGACCACCAAUAUGCAGCCUACAGUUUUUUAGAGAGACAAUAGAUUUGUGGGAGUCCUUCGUAAUUAAAACACUAACCAGCCGUAACAUACGCAUUCGAUUUCUAUUGUCUGCCAUUUUCUUUUAGCCUCUGAUUACUUUUAUCUCCUAAUGAAGAUUUGUGUUGGUGUACUGGUUUUCCUCAACAGCCACCCUCUUUGGAUUUAUUAUUGUUGCCGGCUGUACAGCCAGAGCUUGUGUGCUCGCCCAGGGUUUCAAUUUUAGUCUAUUUUAGGAUUAGGGUUAUGUCAUGAAACGUGGGCUACUAGGCCUACAUUAUAAAUAUGACACAAUCAGCAUUUCACUUUGGAUAUGAAUAAUCCAAAUUAUCAAUCAGUUAUCAAAACGCUCAGAUAUAACCACCAGGGCAGGAGGGCGAAGAGAUGAGAAGAGUAGGCUAUCUCAGCUGAUUUAUGCAGGAGAUUUAAAAUAAUAAUGUAAAACAUAUCUGUAGGCUUUUUAGUAACUAUUUGAAUGAUGUUUUAGUCCAAUGCAUGUUGGUUGAACGCUUUGACACCUUGAACGUGAAAGUGAGUGGUUCAGUGAGUGUCUCCGCCUAGAACAUCACAGAGCUGAUGAACGCAGCAACGUUCUUUUUCAGAACCAUGGCGAGCGCAUUGUGACGCUGUCCCUUCUACUCCUACUCAGAGCCAUAGAUACAGUAUUUUCUAAAUGGUUAUACUCCUACUGUUCUCUAAACAAUGGUUUCAUAGUUUACAAUUGUAUAAACUCCCAAAUCAUGCUCAAAAUUCAAUUUAAUUGAUGUCACUGUUGAGUGUUUUUUAAUCAGUUUGAUAAACAUGUUUAUCCCAUUGUGACAUAGCCAACCAUGACUUAUGGAAGACUUUGACGUAUUAAUGGUCCCUAUAAAACCCUGUAAUUCUAAGAAAGAAUUGUCAGAUGGUUUUGAACUCAGUCAAAAUCACUGCAGUAUGUAGAGCGAUAAUGAGUAGGUCUAUGUUCAGUCGUUUGUUGACAGCGACCCCGCUGAGAUUCCUCCGCGAGAGGCCGCUUAUGAGUGCAGCUGGCCUGUUGUUUGCGACCGGUUCGGCAGUCUACUUUUAUAGUAAAUAUUACGGUAUCGGUGAGGAUGCACUGGCCACCGUGGAGAGCGUGGACCGUGUUGUCACGGUUGAGGAGGAUAAUGAGCCCACCCUGGACCAGGAGGACCCAGUCCUUGUUCAGUAUGUGGUUGAGGAGGUUGGGCACCGGCCCUGUCUGGCUUUAAUCCCUUGGUCUGGACCUCUGUGGGUUCCCAGCUCUCCAACAUAUUACCUUACCCAUGCUGGGAGGAUGCUGGUGAGAGAGCUGGCAGUGUUAAACACGCAGAUAUUCACAGUGGAGCAGCCCAUUUUCACCUGUUUCACUCCUGCUAGGAGGAUGGUAUGGAAUGAACUGUCCUCUCAAAAUGAACAGUAUGUGGAUGAGGAGGUUGGGCACCGGUCCUGUCUGGCUUUAAUCCCUUGGUCUGGACCCUUGUGUGUUCCUAUCUUUCCUGUCUUCUCCAAGGCCAAACCAGUCUACUACCUCACUCGUGCUGGGAGAAUGCUGGUAACAGAGCUUGCAGUGUUAAACACACAGACUUCCAAAUUGGUUAUUGAGGAGCCUACCAUUCACCUCACUGAAGCUGGGAGGCUAGUGCUUGACCAACUGUCAGCACCUUCAGAUAGCCAUUCACAGGGUCUCGUCCAGGUGGUCCUCACCAACAACAAGGUGACUGGUAUUAAGUUCCUUGGUAGAAGGAUCCAUGGACUCAUGUCCUGCCUCGUCAAGAGGAGGUCUGAGUUCACCUAUUAUGAGGAUGCCCAGUGGAGGGGUACCAGGAGAGGGGGAUGA